CCAGUCUCAACUUGCAGCUCUUUUAUAUAUACUCCAGCAGUGUACGGCAAAUGUUGUCAGAGAGGAAGUCUUCGUUAUCAAACAUACUUUCCUCAUGAAGUACAGUGUAUAAUCUAAUAGUCGGAACAAGGUAAAUGUUUGAUAUUACGCAGUGAAAUAUUUACUUUAAACUCAGCGGGGCUGGUGUGCUAUUAAAACACUUUGGAAGAAAACACAGUAGCGUUUUAAUCUGAUUAACAGUAAAUCUUCCAAAACUGUCGCAAGACUAGAAGAAAGGACUUCACUCGCAACUGAACAUAAUCCAAACAGAUAUUUAGUUGACUGUGGUGUGAACUGGCAUAGGUAGACUGCACCAUGAAUUCAAGCGACCCACACUGGAUCAAAUGCUACGCUGACUUGCAAAUCGGAGAUGGAUACAACUUUGACACCAUGGAAAGAACACAUGCCAUAAUUGAGGGCAUUGAACAGGAUAGCUUAGAUUUUACAAGAGAUCAGGAUAUUAAAAUCCGCAAAUUUGCCGGACACUUUACCGAGCGCGAUGCUAAGACUAACAGUAGCGAGUGUUUUGUGAGGCUUAAGGCAAAAGUUUUCCAUUUGGUCGAGGCAGGAGCAAAUGCUAGCUGGAAAGGAAGUGGGGAAAAUACAACAGAGGGAGACGUCACCGCACUGCGCCUGUCUAUUCGUAUGCAAACUGGAAUUCAACGCCUGAACGACCGUAGACAGGGAAGUGUAAGACGAAAACCUGGGGUUCAACCAACGCAUUAUGUAUCGUCUUUAGCCUACGGUGGCUAUCUGACCAUCGACAUAACAGCAAGUGGGAACAGCCGCAAGGCCAAGGAGAAUUUCGAGAGGGACAAAGGAACAAAUGCAGAGUUCAAAUUUAAAGAGUACGGCGCCGACAGUAAACUGAAAAAUCUUGAAGAUUACUUGAUAAAUAUCCAAGAAUGCAUAGUGAAUGUUGACUCGAGUGUUUCAGAAAUGCAGCACGACGUUCUCGAAACCAAUUUGCAGAAGCUGAUAAACCGCUUCAUAGAAAAAGUUGAGGAACAAAAUGGCGGCAAAGGCAAACCGAUGCUGGCCAAAAUAUCUCCUUUGUCUGAAAUUGACAAGUCUGCAGAGCCGUAUGAAUUCGAAAACAGACUGGGGAGCAAUAUUAAAGUACUUGAAGACAUGUAUGACGACAUAUGUUCAGCUUCCAGGUUCCUUCGCAGCUUCUUCGAAGAUCACCAAACUCAGUCUCACGACCCUCCCUACGAUAAAUUUAAGCUUGAGAAAGAUCUUGAAAGUUUGCAAGGCACAUUCACAGAAAAUUUAAAGGUACUCACUCACAGAAAGGCUGACUAUGCCAAAAAUAAAGAAAUCGUUAGACAUUUAGAGACAGCGUACAUGGAAUUCAACCCUACUGCUGCUGGUCUGAGGAGAUGCAUUGGUAAAGUGAGGCAAAUGACCCAGCGAUAUAUCAAGGACACUGAUACUCAUGAGACACCACCAGUAGCCCACACAGAGGGGCAGCAUACCAACAUAGUCGCCGUCGGGAAGAUAGGUACCGGAAAGAGCUCUACCCUUAAUAUGAUGGUCGAAAAAGAAAGGGUUUUCCCAGCAGGUUCCUCCGCGGGCGGCAUAACGAAAGACCUGUCAUCGCACUGUGUGAAUGUGGUUGGCCGUAAUUUUCGACUCCUUGAUACUCCCGGCCUCUUAGAGGCUGUGUCGGCUAAGGAAAGGACAAAUAUUCAACAGAUACUGUCGGAGUGCGUUACCAGGCUUAGGGGCGAGGAAGGAAUCGACGCGUUCUUGUUUGUCAUUCGCUGCGACGAAACGCCGUCUCAAGAGGAAUUGGACGCCGUAAUUGAGUUAAGAACGAUUUUUUUCAAAGUCAUUUUUGAAUACAUGGUUGUUGUAGCUACUCACAAGGACAAGCUUGAGAACAAUAAGGGAGAGUCAACAGAAAGUUUCAGAAGGAAGCUGCCCGCCCGAAUGGAGAAGGUCCUUCAGAAGGCCGGUGACAGAAUAGUGUUCAUCAACAGCGUCACGCAAGACGAGGAAGAGCGUAGAGGCUACGUAGAAUCCAUCAUUCACCACGUCGACGCCAUAGCAAAAGCUCAUGAUGGUAAGAAAUUCUCCCAUGAGGUAAUCGAGCAAGCAAGUAAGAGAAGACAAGAACUGAAAAAGAAAUAUCCUAACCUGAGUGAUGAUAAAAUACAGAAGAAAUUAGAAAAGGAGGUCGAGGCAGAUUUAAAAUCGCAGUUCUGGUGUUUCGAGGGCUCUUCCACUGUGCGACUUAGCAAUGGGUCAGUCACAGCAAUGGCCAAACUAUCUCCCGGUGACAAGGUGCUUUGUGUUAGGGACGAUGGCUCCGUCGGCUUCGAGGAAAUCUUCUGCUUUGGUCAUGCGGAUUCCCAUUGUCAGACUAUAUAUGUCCACUUAGAGACUUCAACGAGGCAACACCUUCUCGUCUCUGAAGGUCACUAUAUCCACGUUUUCUCCAGAUUUUCAACGUUCCCAUUCUCCCUGAAAGCCGCCCGUGAUAUCCGAGUUGGAGAUAUGGUGUUCGUUUAUCACCCUGCGAUGAACGUCAUGUCCAUGGGUGAAAUUGUGGCAACAGGCAGAAAGAAAGUCACUGGAGCCUUUUGUCCCCACACUACGAACGGGACCAUCAUCGUGAAUGACAUUUUGGCGUCGUGUUACACCGAUGCCGUAGAGCCCCCGUUGGCGAGAAGAUUGCUUAUGCCAGCCUGGUUCCUGUACGAAAUGCUUCCACUGCGUGUGUCUGCGCCGAUUCUAAAAGAUGGCUUGUCAAACGCCUGUAAACUUCUAAGCGCCACGAGGCAAUAUUUUUCACGUGUUUAUUACGGCAGCGAAUAUGCAAACCACAAUAAGUGACUCAAUUUGUAUUGAAGGAAGGUAAACUCAACUGAUAACUAAAUGUGAGGAAAUGUCAUCUCUAUCUACAUGUAGAUAACCUCCAGCUAGGUACUUCACUUACUCUGCAGCUAAGACCAUUUUAGCAUAGUAGUAUUUUAUAUUUGUUUAUUGCGUUCAUUUUGGACAUUGCUAUAGGCGACAUUUUACUAUUUGGCUAUGUGUGGAGUUGUCAUAACAUAGUGAAUAUUUCAAAAUACCUAUCUAUUAGUAAAGGUUUCGGAAAACAGUCUAGAACAAAAUGGCCUCAUUCCGCUGCCUGUUCACAGAAUGUGGUGCUUUUUUAUUUUUCAGUGAUUGUUUUAAUCUGCUUGAUUCCUUUUUGUUAUGGUGUGUCUGAAAUUAUUUUUUAGAAUUUGCAUUUAUGUAUAUAUCCCUUUUGUGUCAGACUUAUACGGUUCCUUAAUCUAGAUAAAGUCCUGAAGAAAUUUUAUUAUAGU